AAUUCUUUUAUAGUUUGUCACAGAAUGUAUUUGUUUAUAAAAUCUAAAUGUAUAAUCAUUAUAUAAAUUUAAAUUCACAGAUUACUAUCUAUAACUAAAUGCUGUUUGAUAAUUUAUCGGUGUACAUUAUAUUCACGGGUACCUAUUUGUAAAAUGGAGAUUAGACAAAAACAGUUAAUGGAUUUGAAAUUGUACGUACAAGACGUAGAAGCUGAAGUGACGAUGAUCCUGCAAAGUCUCCAAUGGGACAGGAAGGGUCUAACUCAGAAUGGCUGUAUGGAGUCAUGUAAAUAUGACAUCAACCACAGAAUACCCACCCAUACAAAGGUCGAACAUGAGAAGCAGUGUCUGCUUAAGCAUCUCGGCUACUCUAAAGAAGAUGUGCUACUACCAGAUCCUCCUGACGUUAAUGCAAACACUCUUGUUACAUUGAAUAAAUGUGAUAUACAGAAAAUAAUAAAUGCUGCAUCAAAUAGUGAUCCAUCAUUCAGAAAAGGUACAGGAUGUGAUGGAACGGAGCCGUUGACACUGGGUAGACUGCAGACCGUGUACUCAGCAGACGAGAGACGCGCUGUAUACGACGCUGUUGUUAAGGCUGUGCCAUCUUGCCAUGAUCUUGCUGAUUUGGCUCUGCCAAGUUCCAGCGGCGAUGAUUCAAAAUCGGCCGGCACCAAAUCCAGGCUGGAAGUGUUGGCAGAGCUGCGGAACAUGAAGCGGCGCCGUACAAAGUACCGCGUCGCCGCCAAGACGCGGAACUACUCGGACGUGCUGCGGGAUGUUAUUAAAACACAGAUGGAGAUAUAUACAGAAGUUAGUGAAACAGCAAUAAAACCAAAUAUCCCUCACAAAGCUGAUGCCGAGGAAAGUAAACAAGAUAAUCACAAAAUUAAUGGUAACAAGUUAGACAAGUACAAAUCUGAAAUCUAUUCCAGACAUAAACAAAAGAGAGAUAACAGAUAUGAUACGUCUCCAAAAAGAUACAAAGAAGAUCAAGAUGGAGGUGACAGAAAUAGAUACGAUAAUAAAGCGCAUGACAGAAAUAGAGAUUGGAGAGACAGAAGGAAAGAUAAAAAAGACAUUCAUCGGGAGAAAGAGAAAUAUGAUAAACGAAAUUUAGAUAAUAGAAAUAAAUAUGAUAAUGACAGGGAAAAGAAACACCAUCAUAUCGACGAGAAAUACAAGAAAAUGUAUACAAAUAGAGAAGAUAAUAAAUAUUACAAUGAAAGGAAAAAAGAUCCAGAAGAAUCAUAUUACAAAAGUUACAAGGAUAGACCUUCAUCGAGAGACAGCAGACAGUAUGAUAAAAGUGACUAUAAAUAUUCUAGAAAUAAAGAAAUAAUUAAAGGUGAACAAAAACGGUAUUAUGACGACGCUAAAGAAGAUGAUACAUCUUACAGAAAAAAGAUACGGCACAAAUAAUUUGUUACAAUAAAAGGUAUU